CGCGUUGUGUUUACGCCGCAGGAGCCUUUCGCCCUCCUUCAAUAUACAAUGGAUGUCAACAGCCGCAGGAUCACGAACCAUCAGGUGUUCGUAAGUUUCCGAGGAGAGGAGCUUCGGUGUGGUUUCGUAAGCCAUCUGGUGGAAGCGCUUCAGAGACAUGGGAUCAACGUUUUCAUAGACAAACUCGAGAGCGUUGGCCAAGAUCUCUCCAACCUCUUCGCGAGGAUAGAGGAGUCCACCAUCGCUUUAGUCAUAUUCUCCAGGAGGUACACAGAAUCGAGAUGGUGCUUAGACGAGCUCGUCAUUCCAAUCUUUUUCAAAGUGGAACCAGUUACCGUGAAACAACUUCGUGGAGCAUUCGGUGAUAAGUUCAGGGAUCGAGAGUGGGAGUAUCGGUGCGAUAAACCAAGAACCGGUAGCUGGAAGGAGGCGUUAGCAUCUGUUUCUUGCAAAACAGGCCUGACCUUUGAUAGGAAAAGGAAAAGAGGAGGUCAAGAUCAGAUGGAUAUAUCAAGAGACAGUGUUCUUGUGCACCAGAACUCUUACAUUGCUAACCAGAUUGUAGUAGUUUCCAAUACUUACAUGGACAUCGAAUAUCAGAACAGUGUUCUAAGGGCUCAGCUCGUUGCACUAAGGGAUAGACUGCAGUCACUAAACUCUGUCAUUAAGAUGUCAGGAGUCAUGGCGGAUGUCUUUCUCUUCACAGCCAACACUGGCCUCUGCUGA